AUGUACAUAAUCUUUCCUCUAAUUUUAAAUGUUUUCACAGACACAGAAGGUGUGAGCAGUGGUUGUGAGGCGAGUGGUUUUAAAGAUGAAAUAGCAAGAGAUUACGCUGCAUUACAGACACGUCUGGGGAGAGAGUUCUCUGACAGACGAGGAAAAUUAUAUGCAGCAAUCAGGCCAGUGGCAACAGAGGAACAGCUAUCUGCUGACUUUAGGAAGAAGUUGGCGGAAUGGCAACGAAUGAAGGGAGUGAGACAACCACCGCCAGUCCCCGCCAGACAGGAUCUUAGCGAGGACUUCCUGAAGAAAUGGGACGAAUGGAAGCGUAUGAAAGAAACGAAUUCAGUACCCGCUUGGAAAGAAGAAGAGAAACCGGAUGAAGUACUAGUACAGACUUCAACAGGAUUAUUCAAAUUUCAUGGAAUAUCCCGUUCUUUCACUCGUAAAUUGCACGAAUGGGAGAAAUCUCGUGGUAUCGCCCCUGAAGCUUCAACAUCAGCCUUGCUCCGAGCUGCCCGCGCUAAGGUCACGCUGCCAGCCCUGACCCGCACACAGUCUGACGGCAGCGUCGCUCCUUCCAACUCUGGCAGAGUACAUGCAUCUAGUCUCAGCGUGAAUGAUGUAGAUGACAUCGAUUCAGAAUAUGAAAGAGAUCAUUCUAUGCACUGCACCGACUUCGACAACCCGCCUGCCCGAGAGGCUGUAUUAGUAGAGGUAGAGGCUGAGGAGAUCUGUACUGCCGCACCUCUGGUAGCAGUUUCACCGAGACACACGCCACAGAAACCUAUCUAUACAUACGGACGAGCGGAGGCGAGACAUCUCUGUGAAACCAGCUCUGCGGUCACGGGAACUGCUGUCUUACAGUCUAACGGUGUCGUAUUUUCAGAAUCCCCUAAUUUGAAGCAGUCACCAUCUAAAGAAUAUACUUCUAUGAAACUAAAGACCUCUCGAGAACAGUUAAUAAUGCAAGAAAAAUCACAUAAAUCAAAAAUAAUACGACAAUCUAGUAUUGAAGAGGACGCUAAAUUCAUCAGAAAAACUAUUGAAGAAAUAGAACGGGGCAGUUCCAGCCGCUACAAACAAGAAACUGUAAUCACUGUUGACGAAACAAAUUUACUUAAAGAUUCUGCCACUCCAUCGACGAGUAAAAUGGGUAGCAUGAGAAACAUAAAACAGGAUAACUUGAAAGAUUACAAGAACGAGAAGGAUAGUAACGAGGAAGCGAAGGAAGAAAGUAAACGCAAAGAAACAGAUAAGAGUAACGGUAAGAAAAAAUCCAAGUCGAGAGCCAGGCUGGAGAGAGAGCAGUCGAAACCAUCUGAGAGUGAUACAGAACCUGAGGUUGACACAGUCACUGUUGAGAUUCCUCGGAGAAGAAAGAGACCUCGUCGACCAUCCGAGAAGCCUAGAACCCCUCCAGCCUCACUACAUUCAGACUCCGAUGGAGAGGUAUUUGUCUUAAAACUAAAAACCCCGGACCAGCGAGAUAUAUGUCCUGAAGUUAUAGUGAAAACAACAAGGAAAAUUUUCUCACCCGUUGUACGGAGCGGGGAGUCGGUCCCUCGAGCUGUGAUACCCGUGGAUGUUGAAGAUCUGGAUGAAGUCAGAUCACCGGGAACAUCGAAAAACAAAAGCGAGUCACGAAGUCUAUCAGACCAGAAAUUAAACGUAGAGAAUAAAGUCGGUAAAAAGUCAAAAAAACCACUUCAUGUUCAGGAAGAGGAACAGAGGCCGCGGAGUAGACCACCACUCCCACUGUCACCACCAUCACAACGGAAACCUCCUCCGAAAGAAACUUCUCCGUCCAUACGGAUAAUGAUACAACGAUACAACAAAAAAAUAAAUGAGGAAGGUCCUCUCUCCGGCGCCAGCAGUGGCGCAUCUUCACCGGCUUGGCGUUCACCCAAAUCUGAACGACGACGGCCUCCUGACAUGCCACUAGGUGUUAACAUUAGAAACAACCCAUUUCUAGAGAGGGAAGUUCAAAAGUCAGCUAGCGCCUGUCAACUUACAAGGCGAGACCAAACAUCGGCUGAGAAAAGUCUGUCUCCAACGUGUCAAACACACGAAGGUGUACUGAAAUCCCAUAGCGCCAAUACCUUACAUCCAGAAAUAUCUGGGAGCGAAGAACUACCACCGAACAUUGAAGACAGUCAAGAGACUAUACGGAAUACAACCGCGAGCUCAGACACGAUAGUACCAAAUAAAAUUGAAAAUAAUGCAACCCCAGAUAGAAAUACAGAACUUGAAGUAGCCUUUUCAAGAAAACAAUCGGAAUCAGUCCUACCGUGUCUAUCACGGUUCGUGGCGCAGAAUCCAUGUUAUUUUGAACGAUCACUAUCAGCCGUCGAAACCUCCAGUCCGUCGAGAGAAGCUGAAGAAUUGGCUGCCAGAUUAUCAGAACGAGCUGAGCGAAUAAGAGUAGCGAGAGAAAGAUUUCUUUCCUCCACCAGUCCUAUGAGAAGGGAAGGUACAAGUUCUGCGAGUGAUUUACGGCCCGCUGAUCGAUCGAGUCGUAUGAGUGAGGGGUCUAAUGUAGAGAGUCAGCCGCCGGCGGAGCUCGGGCGAAGUGCCUCCACUGGUAUGGUCAACGUGGAGAGAGAGGCCUGGCAGAGAAUAGCAGAAGCUCCCCGCAGAGACCGUCCCAAGUCCCGCUUCAGUCUGUCCCGGCUGGCUGCCAAGUUACGUCGUAAAGAGGAGAGCGCUGUGUCCCGCUUGUGUCGACAGAGUCUGCUCGUACAGUUGAGGAAACAAUAA